CGUUACUAUAACACGUGUUAUUUCCUGCUACCUUGAUGGCAUGCCUUGCUUGCAAAAGCUGACAAGGUGGCGAUGGCGGAAGAAGAGGAAGUGCAAGAAAAAUUGCAGGUCUCCAAGAAGCAAGCCGUGCAACUUGCUGGCCCAGGAGGUGCUGGCCCUGCCUCCAAGAUAGAGCAAAGGACAUCGACUCAAGUCUUGGUUGAGCACAAUGCCAAAGGUGCUGAGGUGACAGUGAAAGGCCCAAAGGCCAAAGUUGCCAAGGCAAUGACCAUGCUCAAAGUGUUGGUUGCUUUUAAAGAAGCGGCCUCCCCAGAGGAGCGUGGGCUUUGUCAUUGGUUUGCCUGUGGCUUUUGCCGAGACGGCAGAGAUGAUGAAGAUGGCUGUGAGGCUGGUUUGCACUCCUCGAAGAUUAUUGCUGAAACUCAGGCUGCCUGGCUUGCCAAAGCUCCAAAGAACGAGGCCAUCUCAAAGGUGAACGCGCGGCCCUUGCUCCUCGUUGUGUCUUGCGGCGGUGCUGGGCCUCCAGUCCUUCCGUCAACUCCAGGGGCUCCAGGGCUGGUGGGACCCCGUCCACAAGCUGGUGGGGGAAUAGGCUGUCCAGAGGAGGAUCUUCUCGAGUUGUGCAUGGUUGCCGUCGAUUGGGAAGCUGGUGGUGAGGUGAGCCGCUUCCAUCGUUUCAUAAGGCCAACAAUGUGGGAUCAACAAGAUGCACACAUGCGGGAGGCUAACCCAGCUGCUUGCUUCUCUGACAAGCCAGCAGCAGUCCAUUUUACCGAUGCAUUAGCAGAUCUACUUGAUUGGCUGCCCAGACUGCUGGGAGUUUCGAUGGACGAGAUGCGCACGGAAGACAUUCUCUUCGUAAGCCCAAGGGACUUCGAAGUCCAGUCGCUGCUGCCGAGGCGCUGUUCCUUAAAUGGAGCUGUGGAUUACGGUUUACAGGAUUUCUUCUUUCGACGCUGGUGCUGCUUGAAGGAUGUUUUCCGAGAACAUUUUGCAUUGCCGAAUGAGGCAGCUCCGAAUGGCUUGAAUGCCAUGGCUCGGUAUCUGGGGCUUCCUCCGAGUGACAAGACCAGACGCACCUUUUGCUUGGACGAGAAUGUGUCGGUGGUGCGAGUUGUCCUGGAGCUACUGAAAAAGGGCUGGAAGCCAAAAGCAACGGCAUGGCGACAUGCAGUUGGCGCCUCCACCACGUUCCUCCUUCCCAGACGCGGAGACCUCCCAGACAUGGAGCAAAACUCCAGAAAGCGAGGCUUUUGGGAGGUGGAGGCCCCACCUCCAGCGCCGAUCAUUCCCAAGCUGCCGCCAACGGCGAAGAUUAUCGGUGCUACAGCGAAAGUUGCCCCGAAGCCGAUUCCACCGUGGCAAAGGGCUGGACUGCCUGUGCCUCCACCGCCAGAGCCAGAGCCGGCAAUGGCUGAGGCACAGGCAGAGCAAACACAAGAGCUGGAGCAGCCGGAGCCUGUUGAACAGACUGAGCUGGAAGCAGCACCGUUCAUGGCAGAGCCAGUUGAACCUGUGGAAUCGGUGGGGUUAGAAGCCAUGGAUUUCCUCGCAGAAAUCUCUGCAGAGCUUCCAGCAGGGACCACCUUUGAAGCUGUCGACUAAAGGACUCAGAGCUAAGCUGCUAUGCUGGCGAAAUAGCUUCCUAUGGCAGUUCGGAUUUGAGAGCAGUAUGCUUUUCGAAUGGCAUUUGCAAAUCUGCUCAUGUAUCAAGGACCUUAAGUGGUGCCAAUUUCUUCAGUUUCCGACACUUGAGCCGUGUGCUUCUGCAACCAAUACACCAGCCUAAUCAAAGGAAGUUUAGUUAAGAGACUUCCUUAGUUACGAGCAGUUACUGUAAAUAGCGCAGGCAAUAGUUAGUGCAGGUAAUACGCAGUGCGGACAAAUAGCUUGGUGUAGACAAAUAGCUAAGUUUAAGAGUUAGCCGUUAGCGUAGACAGUAGCCAAGUGAAGUGCUAGCUAAGUCUACACAUGCACUUUCAGUGGCCAUGGGGCAAUGUGGACGGUUUUUCAUGUAAGGCGCUGUGCGAAUCCAUGCGUUUUCUUGAGAGAAUGUGUGCGCC